UUGGCAUAAUGCAAGUGGCACACUCAUUAAUCGUUCUCGUCACGGUAUUUUUAAUUUGUGGCAUUAGAGCUUCGGAUUCGCUUAAACCACUUUACCCUCCGCAAUUUACAAAAGAACGCAUUGUUGGAGGAGAGGAGGCCUCUCCUGGUCUGGCACCAUACCAAGUGUCUUUACAAUCUCUUAAGAAACGGCAUUUCUGCGGCGGGACAAUCAUUGAUGAAAAAUGGAUUAUUACCGCCUCACAUUGUGUUGCUUCACAAACUCCUGAAAAAAUGUUGAUUCUUACAGGGACACAAGAUCUUAAGGACAACUCAACAGCAACAUACUACUACCCGGAUAAAAUUGUGAUGCACUGUAAUUACAACAAUCCGUCUUACGCAAAUGACAUUGCUCUGAUUCGCUUAAAUGAUUCGAUUGUGUUCGAUGAAGUCACCUCCAAAGUUGACUAUGAUUAUGCGCCUUUGAAGGAAGAUGAUGAACUUCUUCUGACAGGAUGGGGAACAUUGACGCUGGGAGGAAUGGUGCCGUCUAAGCUGCAGACUCUUAAGGUUAAAUAUGUUCCCUACGAGAUGUGUAAGGAACAACACAACAACAGUUCUUGGGUUGAUAUCGGUCAUUUAUGUACAUUUAAUGACAAAGGUAAAGGUGCUUGCCAUGGUGAUUCCGGGGGACCGUUGGUACACAAUGGAAAGCUAGUGGCGUUGGUCAAUUGGGGAAGACCAUGUGCCCAAGGAUAUCCGGAUGCACAUGCUAGGAUAUCGUACUAUCACGACUUUAUCAGGACAACUAUAAAUGGCUGUGAUAAUAAAAAUGAGGAGGAAGAGGUUGAGUUAAAUUCCUCAUUUAAGUUUUCCUAAAAAUUGAGCAAAAGAUAGCUUCAUAUUUGUAUAAAAAUAGUAACGCAAAGACUAUAAGUCGAAGUUUUUUACAUGAAGCUAUUUAAUUUUUAAGGGUCACUGCACUGAAAAUGCUAUUAAUUACGAAUUCAUUUACUCGAUUUAAAAAAAAAGAGAUAUAUGUAAAUUGUCGGAAUAAAAUGUUUUACAUUUUGAAAUCUAGUUAAACAUUAUUAUUUUUAGAAAUAAGUUGACCAAGAUUCGCGUAUAUAUUCACAUAAUUAAUUUCCUUUCUGUUUUUAUAAAAAGUAUUUAACUGUGUAUGAAUUAUACAACUUUCCAGUAUUUCCUUGUUAAGUGUUUC